UGAAUUGCUUGCGUCUCUGUCCCUCGUUCUUUUUGGGGCUCUCACGUGUUCGUGUAUUUACGCGGUUAUUCUAUUUUCGCAUUCUGUGAUUUUGUCGCCGGCGAAAGCGACGUAGCUGCAUUCUGCGUUCUUGAUUUUAAUAAAUGGUCAGACUUAUUGUUCUAUGGGAAUUUUACAGUGUAAAUUGAUUGGACGAACGAUUAAAGGAACGUGUGGAUUUAUUGUAUUACGUUGAAUAUAAAAAAAAGAUAAUCAUCAUGUGGCAUCCUGGUGUCCUGAUGUCAUUGGCGCUAGCCACUUCCUGCCUGGCAGCACCCCAGCAGCAGGGUGCUGAUUUGGAUAAAUUAAUUUCCGAUGUGUUCAACCCUGGCAACACAAAUGCUAAUACCGGCAACACCAAUGUAAAUCCUUCUGACAAAGCUGGCAAUCCGGCUGCAGGUACCGUCCUUGGUACCCAGAAUCAAAAUGGCCAGACCCAAGAAGCUUGCGAGUGUGUUCCGUACUACCAGUGCCAAAACGGCACCAUUUUGGAAAAUGGAAUUGGCCUCAUUGAUAUCAGGUCCUCUUUUGCUACUGUUGGGGAACCGAUAGGCGGAAUUCAAGGUACAUGCGAAAAUUACCUGGACAUUUGCUGCAAGCCUCCUGACGUGCGUAACCCUAAUGACAAGAUCACCCCAGCCCCAACCGUACGCAGGGGAUGCGGUCAGAGAAAUCCUGACGGCGUGGGCUUCAGGAUCACUGGACAGACUGACAACGAAGCUCAAUUCGGUGAAUUCCCUUGGAUGGUAGCCAUUUUGAAGGAGGAGACGAUUGGCAGCAACUCUCAAAAGUUAAAUGUUUACCAGUGUGGUGGAGCCCUCAUUCACAGGAAGGUAGUUCUGACUGCCGCUCAUUGUGUCAGUGGACGUAGGAAACAACCAGGCCAACUGAAGGUACGUGCUGGUGAAUGGGACACUCAGACGAAGAACGAAAUCUACCCUCAUCAGGAUCGCGAUGUAGAAACCAUCGUCGUCCACGAGAAAUUCCACUCCGGGGCUCUGUUCAAUGAUUACGCUCUGCUUAUCCUGACCCAACCCGUUGACAUCGCCGAGAACGUGGACGUCGUAUGUCUUCCGCAACAGGGUGCUACUUUCGAUGGCUCCAGAUGUUUCGCCAGCGGAUGGGGCAAAGAUAUCUUUGGAAAGGAAGGUCAUUACCAGGUCAUACUAAAAAGAGUCGAACUUCCUGUUGUUCCUCAUGACACUUGUCAGAGCUCAUUGCGUCGUACCAGACUCGGAAAAUACUUCGUUUUGGACAAUAGCUUCCUGUGUGCUGGAGGCGAAGUAGGAAAAGACACGUGCAAGGGCGAUGGCGGAAGUCCCCUUGUCUGUCCUUUGAAAAAUGAUCCCAGUCGAUACGUGCAGGCUGGUAUUGUCGCCUGGGGUAUUGGCUGCGGCGAGAAUCAAACACCAGGAGUCUAUGCCAAUAUCGGAUUAGCCCGACAAUGGAUCGACGAGCAGAUGGUUUAUUAUAACCUAGAUACAACUACUUACCAGUAUCAGCCGUGAUUGUAAUGGUUGAUGGAGGAACAAUAUUUUUAUUUUUAAUAUGAACGUCGAUCGUCUUCAAAUUAAGGACCAGAUUAUUCGUGUUGCUUUUGAAAGUUACGUGGCAAAUUCUUAGCUAAAUGUAUUUUGAAUUUUGCCGAAUUCCAGUAUUUGAAGACUUGAAAAUUUUCAAUAGAAUGACUACGUCAAUUGGUUAAUUAUUGGUGACAAUUGUGGCCUCUGUCAUUUACGUUAGGUUACAAGUAAAGGUAAAGACGUUGAGUGUUUAUUCAGCCAGCUGGACAAAUCUGUGAGUUCAAGUUAUACUCAUAGUCAUACUGAUUUUAAUAUCGCGGAGUAUAUGAUAAUAAAAAUUACGUUUUACCUACGUAAUUGUUUGCAUUUUAAA